AUGAGUUUACCCCUGAAUCCCAAGCCUUUCCUCAACGGCCUCACAGGAAAACCAGUGAUGGUGAAGCUGAAGUGGGGCAUGGAGUAUAAAGGAUAUUUGGUAUCUGUGGAUGGAUAUAUGAAUAUGCAGCUUGCAAACACAGAAGAAUAUGUGGAUGGAGCAUUGGCGGGACAUCUGGGAGAAGUGCUUAUUAGGUGUAAUAAUGUCUUGUACAUCAGAGGGGUGGAGGAAGAGGAAGAGGAUGGAGAGAUGAGGGAGUGA